UUAGUGAUUUUGUUUUGUGCGGGUAAACUGCCAAAAUUGUAAUUACUGGCUCGUGUUUUUCUAUUUUCAGGUUUUUGAGAUACCUGCAUACCGCUUUCCUACCGGUACACGCACAGGUAUGGGAAUCAAACUGUGAUUGGCCACGGGACCCAGAAGUGUCCCCAAAGGCACCUUCCGAGCAUACGUGGGAAGUAAGCUGUAGCCGCCGUGCUCCGUGCGCACGCCCGGUUCGCAGCGGAAGUACCUUGCGCGCUCGCGCUAGUGUGGGGCGCGCAGUGCCCUGUGACCCGCCACCGUCUGGUACCGCCAGCUUCCGGCAUGAAGGGCUGGGGUGGCGAUACUGGCUCCUCCUCACUCCAGCGCCAUGGAAUGCCUCCGGAGCCUGACCCCACUCCUGCCUCGCGCUCUGUGGCCGCCUCAGCGCAGCCUGUGUGCUCUGGCCCUGGGCCUGACGCCCGCGGCUCGCCCUGCUGCCGCUUGCACUACCGCAGCCAAACCGCUGGGACGGACCCGGGCCGCGCUGCUGUGCAGACCCCGCCCCCGCCUGCAAGGUGAAGUGUACCAUUCUAGAACUUCUGAUGUCUCUCAAGCCACUUUAGCCAGUGUAGCCCCCGUGUUUACUGUGACAAAAUUUGACAAAGAGGGAAGUGUUACUUCUUUUGAAAGGAAGAAAACUGAUUUACAUCAAGAAUUAGGUCUUCAAGCCAGAGAUUUGAGGUUUCAGCAUCUCAUGAGCAUCACAACCAGAAAUAAUAGGAUUAUUAUGAGAAUGGAGUAUUUGAAAGCUGUGAUAACUCCAGAGUGUCUUCUGAUUUUAGAUUAUCGUAAUUUAAAUUUAGAGCAAUGGCUAUUCCGGGAACUCCCUUCACAGUUAGCUGGAGAGGGUCAACUUGUUACAUACCCUUUACCUUUUGAGUUUAGAGCUAUAGAAGCACUCCUGCAAUAUUGGAUCAACAGUCUGCAGGGAAGACUUAGCAUUUUGGAACCACUGAUCCUUGAGACAUUGGAAGCUUUAGUGGAUCCCAAAUAUUCUUCUGUAGACAGAAGCAAACUGCACAUCUUACUACAAAAUGGCAAAAGUCUUUCAGAAUUAGAAACAGAUAUUAAAACUUUCAAAGAGUCAAUUUUGGAAAUCUUAGAUGAAGAAGAGUUGCUUGAAGAGCUUUGUCUAACAAAAUGGAGUGACCCUCAAGUCUUUGAAAAGAGCAGUACUGGAAUUGACCAUGCAGAAGAGAUGGAGUUGCUGAUGGAAAACUACUACCGAUUAGCUGAAGAUCUUUCCAAUGCAGCUCGGGAACUCAGGGUACUGAUUGAUGAUUCUCAGAGUAUUAUAUUUAUCAAUCUGGACAGCCAUCGUAAUGUUAUGAUGAGGUUGAAUCUACAGUUGACCAUGGGAACCUUCUCUCUUUCACUUUUUGGACUAAUGGGAGUUGCUUUUGGAAUGAAUUUGGAAUCUUCUCUUGAAGAGGACCAUAGAUUGUUUUGGCUGAUAACAGGGAUUAUGUUUAUGGGAAGUGGCCUAAUGUGGAGGCGUUUGCUGUCAUUCCUUGGACGACAACUAGAAGUUCCUUUGCAUCCUAUGAUUUCCUCUGUACCUAAAAAGACCCUUCAGGCAGAUAUAAGGAUGGAAGUGAAACACAGCCUAAGGCCAGAUGGACUUGGAUCAAAUAGGAGUGUCCUAACAAAUCGUUAGGAAUAGCCUGGUGGAAACUGAAUUAUUUUUUUUAUGGUAGUCACACAAACUUCUGAUAACUCUUACUACUUUUUAAUAGAGUCGAAGAUUUGAAAAAAAUAAAA